ACUGUCGGAGCUGGUGGCGCACGGUGUAACGGGACGAGGAGGGGAAACUUUGUAUGGACAUGAGGAUAUUCUUGGAUAAACCGAGCUGUUUGAUGGAAAAUAACCUCUGAGGAUUAAAAAAAGCAACUUUAAACAUUUGUACCCGCGGUGUUUUUUUUUUUUAAGGAAGAAAUCUCUGAGGGUUUGGAUGGAAAUGCGCACGGCUGCUGUUUGAGGAGGAAAUGUUCACCUUUUGUCCACACUUCAAAGCAACUUGUUGAGAUAUAUAUACGAUUUUCCCACGAGUUUUAGUUAGAAAACAAGAAAAUAAAGGUGACAGGAUGGCAGAACACGAGAGCCUGGAGUAUGGAAAGGCGGAUUUUGUGCUUUUGGACAACGUGUCCAUGGAGGAAUUCAUGGGCAACCUAAAACUCAGGUUUGAGAAGGGGAGGAUCUACACCUACAUCGGGGAGGUGGUGGUGUCGGUGAACCCUUACCGUGCCAUGAACAUCUACGGCCGGGACACGGUGGAGCAGUACAAGGGCCGCGAGCUGUACGAGAGGCCGCCUCACCUGUUCGCCAUCGCAGACGCCGCUUACAAAGCCAUGAAGAGGAGGAACAAAGACACGUGUAUCGUCAUCUCAGGGGAAAGUGGAGCAGGAAAGACAGAAGCCAGCAAGUAUAUCAUGCAAUACAUUGCUGCUAUCACCAAUCCUAAUCAGAGGGCUGAAGUGGAAAGAGUCAAGAACAUGCUGCUUAAAUCCAACUGCGUCUUGGAGGCCUUCGGAAACGCCAAGACCAACCGCAACGACAACUCCAGCCGCUUCGGCAAAUACAUGGACAUCAACUUUGACUUCAAGGGGGAUCCCAUCGGAGGACACAUCAGCAACUACCUGCUGGAGAAGUCCAGAGUCAUUUUCCAACAGGAAGGAGAGCGGAGCUUCCAUUCUUUCUACCAGCUGCUCAGAGGAGCUCCAGAGUCCCUGCUGCGCUCUCUUCACAUCCAGAAGGACCCGACCGCCUACAACUACAUCAAAGUCGGAGGCCAGAUUAAGUCGAGCAUCAAUGAUAACGCUGAUUUCAAAGCCGUGGCCGAUGCCAUGAAAGUGAUUGGUUUCACAGCGGACGAGAUUCAGACUGUUUACAAGAUCCUGGCCACCAUCCUGCAUCUGGGAAACCUCACAUUCGGCGUUGACGGCGACGUGACCCUGAUAGAAAACACAAAGCUGGUGUCUGUGAUCAAGGACCUGCUGUCCACUAAGGAGGAGAACGUGGAGAAGGCGCUGCUGUACCGCACCGUCGCCACCGGUCGAGACGUCAUCGAGAAGCAGCACACGACUCAGGAGGCCAGCUACGGACGCGACGCUCUCGCUAAGGCCAUGUAUGAGCGUUUGUUCUGCUGGAUCGUGGGUCGAAUCAACGACAUCAUCGAGGUGAAAAACUACGACGCCAGAGUGCACGGCAAGAACACGGUCAUCGGGGUGCUGGACAUCUACGGGUUUGAGAUUUUCCAGAACAAUAGCUUUGAACAGUUCUGCAUCAACUACUGCAAUGAAAAGCUGCAGCAGCUCUUCAUCCAGCUGGUGCUGAAGCAGGAACAAGAGGAGUAUCAGCGAGAAGGAAUCCCCUGGAAACAUAUUGAUUACUUCAACAACCAGAUCAUCGUGGACUUGGUGGAGCAGCAGCAUAAAGGAAUCUUCUCUGUGCUGGACGAAGCCUGUAUGAAUGUGGGAAAAGUCACCGAUGAGGUUUUUCUUCAAGGACUCAACGGCAAACUGGCCAAACACGCCCACUACACCAGCCGCAAGCUCUCACCGACCGACAAGAGUCUGGAGUUCGACCGAGACUUUCGCAUCAGGCACUACGCAGGAGAUGUGGUGUACUCCGUGGUGGGUUUUAUUGAUAAGAACAAAGACACUCUGUUCCAGGAUUUCAAGAGGCUGCUGUACAACAGUUCCAACCCGGUGCUGAAGAGGAUGUGGCCUGAAGGCAAACUGAGCAUCACUGAAGUCACCAAACGGCCGCUGACGGCUGCGACUCUCUUCAAAAACUCCAUGAUCUCACUGGUGGAGAACCUCGCCUGCAAGGAGCCCUACUACGUUCGCUGCAUCAAACCCAACGAUGUCAAGUCUCCUCUGCUGUUUGAGCAGGAGCGCUGCCGUCAUCAGGUGGAAUAUCUGGGGCUGCUGGAGAACGUACGAGUGCGUCGAGCCGGCUUCGCCAACAGACAGACUUACCCUCGCUUCCUGCAGAGAUACAAGAUGAUCUCAGAGUUCACGUGGCCAAACCACGACAUGCCGUCGGACAAAGACGCAGUGAAGAAGCUCCUGAAGGGCUGCGGCUUCGACCACGAUGUCGCUUACGGCAAAACGAAGGUCUUCAUCCGGACGCCGAGAACGCUGUUCAGCCUGGAGGAGCAGCGAGCCGAGAUGGUCCAGAGGAUCGUCCUGUUCCUGCAGAAGGUGUGGAGGGGAACCAUCGCCAGGAUGAGGUAUCGGCGGAUGCGAGCCGCUCUGAUCAUCCUCCGAGCCUACAGACGCUACAAGGUCAAGUCCUACAUCCGAGACGUGAACCGUCGCUUCAAAAACGUUCGAUCCAUGAAGGACUACGGCCGACACGUGAAGUGGCCGACGCCUCCCAAAGUCCUGCGCAAGUUUGAAGAUGCACUGAGGAACAUCUACAGCAGGUGGUGGGCCUGGACGCUGAUCAAAGGCCUGUCUCCGGAGGAGGCCCUGCAGGUGAGGGCCAAAGUGGCCUGUCUGGAGGCCCUGAAGGGCCACAGGGCCGACCUGGGGCUGCAGAGAGCCUGGGAAGGAAACUACUUGAAGCGCGACAGCCCCGAUACAGCUUCAUCUUUCACACUGGUCUCCAGCGAGCUGCAGCGAAAAGACAAAUUCAUGAGAAUUCUGUUCUCCUGCAACGUCCGCAAGAUCAACCGUUUCCACAAGGCGGAGAACCGAGCCGUUCUCAUCACUGACCGCCACCUCUACAAGAUGGACCCCCUGAAGCAGUACAAGCCCAUGAAGAGCAUCCCCCUCUACAACGUGACCGGAGUGAGCGUCUCCCCGGGGAAGGACCAGCUGGUUGUGUUCCACACCAAGGACAGCAGGGAUCUGGUGGCGUGCCUGCAGGGUUUGGUGCCUGCCAAUGAGAGCCGCAUCGGGGAGCUGGUUGGAACCCUGCUUAGCCAUUUCAAGAGUGAGAAGAGGAAGCUGCAGGUGAACAUUGCGAGUCCCAUCCAGUGCAGCAUGAACGGCAGGAAGUGCACGGUCAUCGUGGAGCCCAAGAUCAACCAGUCGCAGCCGGACUUCACCAAGAGCCGAUCCGGUUACAUCCUGGCUGUUCCUGGCAACUGAAGUGGGCCAAAGGCAGAAAAAAAAACAAGAAAUGACAGCUGAUUCCAAAGCAGGCUGGGAUAAUAAUAGCGAUGAUUCAUUCCUUGUGUUUUUUUGUUUUUUUCUGCAGAGCUGCUAAUAAUGUGACAGUGCAGAUAGCUAGGAUUGAGGGGAAUUGAGUCCUCGAUUUGCGAAGUCACAUGCCAAAUUUUUGUCGAUUUCUAAGCAAUAUUACUAUAAAAAUGCAAAAUAUUGUUAGCUAAACAGGUUUAAACUAAAUCUGCACUAUGUGAUUUUUCACCAGAGUGGUGUUCUUUAUUUUUUUUAAAUCCAAAUUUCAAAUUUCAGUUUUGCUUUGUGCAAUAUUUAGUUAAUUGUCGAUGAUUUCUGAGUCCGGAUGAGCGGACACAAUGCAGCAACUGCUCUCAGAACCACUGAUGCUGCAUAGUAGGAAAAAAAUCCAAAAGCUCUGCAGGAAUUUCUAAUCCCUGCUGCUCUGUGUGUAGGAGCCAGAUCAAACUGAGAAAUGACGAUAUUCAUGUAUGACUUUGAUCAGUUAUUUCUGCUUUAAAACCGCAGAAAAACCCCUUUUUGUGAUUCAUAUUCUAAGGAAUUAUAAUGUUGGUGUCCUUUAGUUGAAGACUUACCUGCCUGGAUGCUAAAUGGAAGAAAGUGCAGCUUGUGGUUCGUUAAAUGUUUACAAUCACAAAAGGGAACAGCGAAUUAGAAAAUGUGGUUCAGUCUGAGUCUGAGGCACAAAUUCUUCGUUUUAGUUGGACAGAUGUCGAGGGGGAUAUGUUGAGCAUAUCCUGAACCUGCUACAUAGCACACCUUCAAGUCUAUUAAUUUAAAUCUAGCAUCUUAUACUCUAUGCAAUGUCUGUAGUUUUAUAAUAAUCCUAAUAAUACUGCUUAUACAUUAAAGGUUAGAAUAUACUGUAAGUGAACAAGAUUACAGAUAUGUGUAUGCACAGCACUUAUAAUGCAUUUAGUAUAAAAAGGGAUGAUAUAACUAAUACUAAAGGCAAAAAAGAUAAUGACCAAAGCGUUUCUUUUUUCCGACACGUAUCUUCAGUUCAUGUUCUUUUGAAAUGUCAGCCUUAAAGGUCCCAUAUCGUGCCCUUUUCAGCAAAUUAAUGGAAGUCUCGCCUGUCUCCAGGAUGUGUCAUUCACUUUUUCAGCUCAAAAUACUGCAAGGAUGGUUUAUUUCAUCCUCACUGUAUUAAUCCAGGUUUUAUUCCUGGUGGUAAUUGGGCUGUUUGAGUGUCUGUAAAUUUAAAUGAAGUUGUCCCCGCCCCCUUCAGGAAGAAAAGUCUCCAUGUGUGAGACCAGAACUUUCUAUAGCUUCUAAUUUUCUCCCUUUUUACAUGGAAAUAUCACCAAUUUCACAGAACAGCAGCUGUUUUUACCUCAUGUGUUUGAUAAUUUGUUGUGGUUAUUUUUUUUCACACUUAUUCUGUUGUUUUACAACAAAAACAGGAAAAAUGUGUAGCUGAAAACAGCUUUCUGAGGGAAUUCGACUGUGUUAAGUUAGAGUUUAUGUGAGCACAGGGAGCAGGAGAGAAGUAAACACAUGUAAAGGACUGAGUUUCGUUGCACUGAAACACAAUAUGAAACCCACUAAAGUUGUAAAAACAAAGAAAACACAAUAACAAUGGAUUUUCAUUUUAUAGGACUUAUAAUGCUUUAGCUUAGCAGCACAGUGUUGCUAACAAGUACUGUAUAAUCCCAUAUGAACUCCAGCCCGUGAAACUUGCCUCAUUCGUGGGAAAUGUCAUCAUAAUUGCUUACAUUUUAGUCUCUAUUUCAUACUUGUUAUGUUGUCUCAUCACAGAAACCAAGAAAUCUAAAAUGAGAACAGUUUUAUUGGGAAUUCGACUGCAGUAAAAUACAAUUUAUGUGAGCACAGGGAGCAGGAGAGAAGUAAACACAUGUAAAGAGUUUAGGUUGCACUGAAACACAACACGAAAACACAGGAACCCACCCAUGUUUUCAAUAGAUUUCUACCAUAUGGGACCUUUAAUGCUUUAGCUUAGCACCACAGUGUUGCUGACCAGUACUGUAUAACCCCACAUGAACACGAGCCCCUGAACCUCAUCUCAUUUGCUGGAAAUAUCAUCUUAAUUGGCAGGAUUUCAGUCUCUAUUUCAUACUUGUUCUGUUUUCUCACAGCAGACACCAAGAAUUCUAAAAUGAGAACAGUUUUAUUGGGAAUUCGGCUGCAUUAAAAGGCAGUUGAUGUGAGCACAGGGAGCAGGAGAGAAGUAAUCACAUGUAAAGAGUUUAGGUUGCACUGGAACACAACAUGAAAACACAAAAACACACCAAAGUAUUUAAUAUAUUUUCACCAUAUGGGACCUUUAAUGCUUUAGCUUAGCAGCAGAGUGUUGCUAACCAGUACUGUAUAACCCCAGGGGAACUCCAGUCCUUGAACCUCGUCUCAUUUGCUGUCUUUGUGUUAAAUGAAUAGCCUAAUGAGUUGCCCUUUGCAAUAGCCUUCCACUUGUCAAAUAUCCCCUUCAUCACAGAGAAAGAGAGUGCGUCUGCCGGACUGUGUACUGUAAUGUGUGUCGAUUAGCUCGUUUUCCUCUUCUUGGCUCGGAGACUGAGCGUCUGGCUAGCGGCCACAGCGAAAGAGUGAAGACAGAAGGGUGUGAAGUCUGCAAUCAGACUGCCGUCCCUGUGACAUUUUUCUAUUAACAGGAGACUAUUUGGAGACUCUUUUUUUGAUCUUAUCUCGCUAAAAAAUUCCAUCGCUGCUCUUUAAAGUGUAGAAAAGCCAACUGACACCAAUCAAAUCGUCGGAGCUUGAAUGAAUCUGUCCUGUUCUCACAAGCUGUCGGCUGUGUGGAAAGUUUUCACUCGGCUCAGAAGUGUUAGCACGUCGCAAUAUGCUGUUUUUUCCAAUAAUUUGCAGAAAUUCGAGGCGGCAUGGAAGCUCACGAGAUGGAGAUGUCUGGCUUUAUAAUAUGUGUUUGAUAUUAAUACGCUAAAUAUAUUGGAAUAGAAGAAGGUUCCAACAAAACAAAACCACAAAGCAUCCUGCAGUUAUUCGAUAAUUGCAAACACAGAUGGCUAUAAAAUGACAUUUGUUGAAAGCCACAGUGCAUUUCAGCAAUGAUACUAAUAUCCAUCUACAGACUGAGUACACUAGACAUAAACAAAGAAGAUGUUUUCUUCUGUACAACUGUCCUGAUGUACAUCUGGUGUUGGGGACAACCACUGUAGCAGACAAGCUAACCGCUAACACGCGACCUAAAGCUAUCAUGCUAACUGCAGACUUCAUUAAUCCAGUAAAUGAAGCGAAGGAAUCUGAACUAGUGAUCUGACCAGCUUUAAGAUAAAAACCAAACUAACUGUGAAUUAGUAGCUUGUUAGCUCAGUCGCUAAUGAGACAACUUAAUCACAAAAGUCUGCAGUUGUGUUAGCUCUUUAGUGAAGCAGCUUAUACUUUGACACGACAAAAAACUAGCUAAAAAGCUACAGUAGCGUCAUUCAUUGCAUCCAAGCCUAAACCUACCAUUAGAAUUUUUAAUAUUGCAAAUGUGCCCUCACUGAAAUUAACAGAUUAGAUUUGUUUUUAAUGCAGCUAGGCUCGAAAUUGAGUCUUAAAGAUGUUGUUGGGCUUUUCCUCUUUGCUUUAGUGUUUUAUAUAGCGGCUUUUUGUGCAUUUAAAACGUCGACAAACUUACAAACCCCAAAAUCCAUCACAAAUGGAGUUGCUUCAUCUCUUUGAAAACACUUCUUCUUACAUGCCUGAAACACCUUGAGUGAAGUUCUUCUGUUACUUAUUGAUGUCAUCAUGUGACACAUUUGCAUAACACCAGCCAGGCAGCUAGUUUGACCCUCAAACAAAGAAUGACCAGCAGAUUCAUCACUAUUUCAUCGCUAGAGUCUCUUCUGUUAGCGCUAUGUCUCUCUACCUAUACUCAUAGAUCCUGAGUUACAGUACAUAUCCAAGUUUGGCUAGCUUUUGUUGGACCAGCUGACCAAUCAGAGCAGAAUGGGUGGCCUUAAAGAGACAUGAGCAAAAAUAGAGCAUUUCAGGGGGUGAGGUUAGGUGAUAUAACAAUGUACAUUGUAAGAAAAGCAUGUAAACAUGUUCUAAUAGACCUUAAAAGUAAAAAUAUAAACCUGCAAAUAUGCAUUAUAUGGGCUCUUUAAAAUGCUCCUAAAAUAUGAAAAUUCAAAGAUUGACAUUCCCAUGACAAAUGUGCAAACUACUAUUAUUUAAAGCUCCAGAAAAACUUCUAAUUGGACCUAGUAAUAAUAGUUUUCUCGAUUCCCUGCGUCAAUAAUGAACUCAAACUGCAUCUACUAUUAGAGCUGCAAUGAUUAAUCAUUUAACUGUCAACUAUUAUUCAUAAUCUAUUUUCAUCAUUAAUUAAUCCAUUUGGGCUAUUCUUUUAGAAAAACUGUCAAAAUUCUUUGAUUACAGCUUGGAUAUUUGGUUUCUUUGCUUGUUUCUUUCCUCCUCUACAACAGAAAACUGAAUAUCUUUGGGUCUGGGACCAAACAAGACUUUUAAGGACGUCAUGUUGGGCUUUGAGGGACAUUUUUUGACAUUUUAUUACCAAAAAGCGAAUUGAUUAAUCGCAAAAAUGAUCCACAGAUUAACCAACAUUGAAAAUAGCCAUUGCCUCUUUGGAUAGAUUACCCUGUUAUUUGAAUAUGGAAGGUAUCAGUCAGGAACCAACCACAGAGAUUUUGCUGUAUUGUCUCUGAGUGAAAAACAGUGAAUGUGGGUUGAGGAACGACAGCCCAAGGUUAUGAAUCGGAGCUCCCACUGUGUCUGCCCUAGUUGAAGAGGCUGAGGCUCUCUUGUCGGCUUCACCACAACAGAAAGGAAAACUUGUUAGCAACGAUUGUAGCCGCAGCAGCUCCUCUGACGGUGCAAACACAUAGUUUAUCUUAAUUAGUUUGCAAGUGGCCCCCGUCUUUUGAAGAAGCAGAUCUCCUUUCUACCUUUCAGCGUUCCGGUGAAUGACCUUGUCCUUUUUGCUCUGUGAGACGCUUUGAUGCAGAAAAAGGAGUUGUUUAGGGAAAUGGGUGCAGCACGGAUUAAGGGAAGUGACAUUGGUAGCGUUAAUGGAUGGUUUUUCAAAGGAGCAGGAGUGUGUGGACUCUAAUACUGCAGCUCUCCAUAUCCUACGGCGUGGUAAAUCUCCCACAGGGCUUGUCCUGCUCGCUGCUCGGCUAUUCACCGCCCAUCAUUAGGAUGGACUCCAUGUCACUUCUCACUUCAGCGCUCUCUCUUUCUCUCUCUGCUUUCUCAAGCCCAAAGGGGGUUGGUGAGCAAAUCCUCGCUUGGCCUCCUCGUCUACUUUCCCUGCUUUUUUUUUUUUUUUUUUAAAUUCCACUCUCUGCCUCCCCCAUUCCUCCCUCCUCUUCCCCUCGUCUUGUCAAAUCACUUGGCUUCUCGCCCAGUCGGGCUGACUGUACCGUCCUGCAGGGCGCUGGAGGUUUUUUUCUUUCAGACGUCUUGUGCCCAGGAGGCGUGGAAAUAAACAAGGAAAGGGCAAGAAGAUGUCAAAAAACAACAGGAAUAUCUGGCAGCAACAAAAAAAUAAAGAAAUUAAGCUAAAGCUAGUAUAUUAACAAACAUUCUCUGCAUCUAAAACCUUGUCUUUGUUCUUGCCAACAGAGAAAAUGAAAAGAUAAACCGAUAAAUUAAUCUGUCCGCACUUUGUGACUUCCUUAACCUGUCUGUAGGCAGACCAAAGAUAUCCAAAAGUUUCAUUUUGUAACCACACUCCCACACAAACUUGCAAAAAAUACAUUUAUUUGUGAUGUUUUGGUGCUAAACCUUCAUCAGACCUGAUAGCAUCCCCGUUCCUUUUUGACACAUUUGAAGUUUUAGCACCAAAGCAUCACAAAUAAAUGUGUUUGUGCAAGUUAGACAGUAUAUUCUCCUCCAUCUCCUGUGCAGAAAUGACUUUGUUUGACUCCUGCACACUGUCAAGCCUGCAAAAGUACAACUGUUAGCAAUGUUUCGGUGCCAAACCUUCAUCAGGCCUGAUACCACCAUCACUACACCUUUUUGCAUGUUCGUUUAAUGAAGUUCUUGCACUAAAAAGUCACAAAUUGGUAUAUUUUUGCAGGAUAAACAGUGUGCAUGAGUCAGUUUGAACCUUUAAGAUGUGUUAGUCUAUCUCCAUCUUGUGAAAUAGAUGUGCAAAAAGUUCCUUUGUCCCUCUAAAGAUGUAAAUCCUCGAGCAAAUAUGACCUAAACAGGAGUAGACUGUGGAUUUGUAUGGGACUAUUUUCUGUCGCGUAUGAAUACACAUUUGGUGCUAAAGUGAGUAUUUCCAGUUCGCAGGUCAGUAUUUGAGGCUCAAAAUCUUUUGCAAUGUUUUUUCAUGCUAAUAAAAGAAGAAACACUGUAAACCUUGCAAAAAUACAUUUAUUGGCAAUGUUUUGGUGCUAGACCUUCAUCCAGCCUGUUAACGUCACUAUACCUUUGUGUAAAUUUGCGUGAUAAAGUGCUAGCAUCAGAAUGUUUGAAAUAAAUUGUAUUUUGCAAGUUACAGUGUGUAAUGGUCUAAGUAAUUUCCUCAAACAGCUGGACAUUGUGGUUUUUAGCUCAUAUGACUUAAACAGGAGUAAAUAGCGGAUUUGUUAGGGAUUAUUUUCUGCAGCGUAUUAAUACACAUUUAAUGCUAAACUGGGUAUUUCCAGUUAGCAGGACACUACAUGAGGCUGAGACUAAAAGUCUUUUGCAAUGCUUGUUCGUGUUAAUGAAAGUUUUGACCAGCCUCCUGCUGCAAAAAUUCAUUUAUGUGUAGUGUUUACAUCACUAUACCUUUUUGCAUAUUUGCGCAAUAAAGUGCUAGCAUCAAAAUGUUAGAAAUAAAUUAGAUUUCUGCAAAUUACAGCAUGUAAAAUAGUCUAAGUAAUUUCCUAAAACAGCUAUACACUAUGGUUUUUAGCAAAUAUGACUGAAACAAGAGUAAAUAGUGGAUUCAUAAGGGACUAUUUUCUACGGUGUAUUAAUGCACAUUUGAUGCUAAAGUGGGUUUUUACAUUUAGCAGGACAGUAUGCAAGGUUGAGGCUUUAAGUCUAUUAUAAAAUAAUGAUGCUAUUAGAGGAAAAUGUCACUCAGUGCAACAGUGUGGCUCAUUAAUGUACUUUUUAGUAGUUUUUGGAGAAGAGCAGAGCUUUGGUGUGCGGAGGAAUAUGACCUAUCAGGUUCUGGAUGUUGUUGGUUCCUGUAAUUUCAUGAGAUUUAAAGUGAGAAAAAUGUUAAAUAUCACCAGAUUUAUGUUUGUUUGUGUUUUUAAAGUGCAAACCUAAUCAUCAGUGAUACUUUUUCCACUAUAUUGAUCACCAGCUUUAGAGUUAAAACACAAGUUAUUUUUCUAAAUACCAUGUUAUGAAUAGGCUUUAAAGAAUGUCAAACAUGAAUGUCAACACUUGGAGACUCUGUGCCAUUGUGUUCUUCCCUUUACUGCUCAGUGAGAAUGACAUUCCUCCAGUUUAAGUGUGGUUUUUUUUUUUUCAACUCGAGGCUCUCUAUUAUCAAGCCCAUCCAUGUUAGCCAAAGGGCACCAAGUUCCAAUUUAGUUCCUGUAAUUUAUUCCGUAGCUUUAAGCAACAUGUGUAUGUACCCACCAUUCAUUCAGUAUGUACCUAAUUUUUUAUUCAGUUUAUACUUUACAUAUUUUGUGUAAUAUUUCCCCAUAAAUAUCCUGUAACAUCCAGAUUAAGUCUAAAGGGAAAUGCUGUAAUGCUGUUUUGUGCAGGUUCCGUAAUGAGAAAUAUUUCAUUAAUCACUUUAUUAAUAAAUUUAUUUGCUUCAGUAAA